UUUCGUUAUCACAGUGACUUCGUGCUCUCUCCUUUCUUUUCUCUCUCUAUCCGAAAAAGGCGACCGCCGGCAACCGGAACUCGGAGACUCGCCGGAUAAUCGGAACUGUGCGAAUUAGGUGAAUGUUGUAAGUUGAAGAAACGAGAAGAAGACGAUGAAGGUUUUUGUCAAGACUUUGAAGGGCACUAACUUCGAGAUCGAAGUGAAACCCGAAGAGAUGGUUGCUGAUGUCAAGAAAAUUAUUGAGACCGUACAGGGUGCAGAUGUGUACCCUGCCUCACAACAGAUGCUUAUUCAUCAGGGGAAAGUUCUUAAGGACACCACAACUCUAGAAGAAAAUCAAGUUGCUGAAAAUAGUUUUAUUGUGAUAAUGUUAACCAAGAAUAAGGCAUCACCAAGCGGAGCCUCCAGUACAAAAGGUGCAGCCACAAGUCAGGCUCAACCUGCUAGUACUCCUACCUCGACAGCCCCACCGGUAGCAACUCCAGCUCCUGUGCGAGCUGUGGCAGAGUCACAGCCUGUCGUUGAGACUCCUGCUGUUGCGGCUCCCACUGAUUCUUCAAGAUCAGAUGUGUAUGGCCAAGCUGCAUCAAAUCUUGUUGCAGGAACUAAUUUAGAGGCUACCGUUCAGCAGAUUCUAGAUAUGGGUGGAGGAAGUUGGGAUCGUGAUACAGUUGUCCGUGCUUUACGUGCUGCUUUCAACAACCCUGAAAGGGCUGUUGAGUAUUUAUAUUCUGGCAUUCCUGAACAAGCUGAAGUCCCACCAGCAGCCCAAGUUCCUGCUGGUGAACAAGCAGCAAAUCCUCCGGCAGCAAAUCCUCCAGCCCAGGCUCCACAACCAGUAGCGCCUACUGGCGGUCCGAAUGCAAAUCCACUAGACCUGUUUCCACAGGGCCUUCCCAAUAUGGGUGCAAAUGCUGGUGCAGGCAAUUUGGAUUUCCUGCGCAACAGUCCACAGUUCCAAGCUUUGCGAGCUAUGGUGCAAGCAAACCCUCAAAUUCUUCAGCCUAUGCUUCAAGAGUUAGGGAAACAAAAUCCACAUCUAAUGCAGCUCAUUCAAGCACAUCAAGCUGACUUCUUACGCUUGAUAAAUGAGCCUGUUGAAGGCGGUGAAGGGAACCUAUUGGAGCAGUUGGGUGCAGCAGUGCCACAGGCUGUGACCGUCACCCCUGAGGAGCGAGAGGCCAUCGAACGUCUUGAAGCUAUGGGUUUCGAUCGGGCCCUUGUGUUGGAGGUAUACUUUGCAUGCAACAAGAAUGAGGAGCUGGCGGCCAACUAUCUUUUGGAUCACAUGCAUGAGUUCGAGGAAUGAUAUGACAAAAUGGGUUAUCUUUGGUCCAUCUUUUCUUCUGUGUGAACUCUUUGCCAUGUGGGUUAAGUUUAGUAGGGUUUCUUAUACUCUUCUUAUUCCAGCUAUUUGUCUUGUAUCUCUCAGCAGACGGUGUCAUAUCCCCCCCUUUUAUGUUUUGGAUGGCAUAAAUUAUCUGCUUCAAAUAUUGGUGGUUACUUAUAUUAUAUACAGAUUUUUUUACC